AGACCGGCAGAUUAUGUUUCAAUGAUAAUCACUGAUUAUGGAAUGAUCCCCCCAACAAGCGUUCCUGUCAUUGUUCGAGAAUAUUGCAGAGAGCAUUUCUGGACUUAGUUGCCUGAAUGUUUAAAGACUCAGAUGCAGAAGAAGGUUUUGUUUUUUGGUGUGAGAAAAGCGGCGAGCGUGAGCUUUCUUCUCCGGCGUCGCUCACGCCGGAAUCUGCAGCAGCUGCAUCUAGAGGAGGGCUUUCCAGGCUUUUCUCUGAUGUAGUUGCUAAUGGCACGUCGGCUAAGGGUUUGGAAGGGAAGAUUACGGGCUAUCAUGACGGUGUUCCCACUGUUACGUUCACAAAGAAUGAUAUUUCAGAACUAUCUUAUCGUUUCAAGCAUGCUUUGGUGGCGAAGUUUCACUCACGCCCAUCUUUCUCCGUCAUGCAAUCCUUCAUGCAGAAGCUUGGUCUACUUGGUGCGUUCGAUAUUGCCAUACUAUCGAGCAAGUCUUUUCUCUUGAAUUUUCAGAAGGAAGAGGAUUAUAUUCGCCUCUUUUUGAGACGAGUUUGGAGGGUCUUUGGGAGCACUAUGGCCCUUUCUAAAUGGAGUCCAACCCUUUCUCAGGGGAUUGAAAGUUCGGUUCUCCCCAUCUGGAUUGCUUUCCCAAAUCUGCCCAUCCAUUUGCAUGACAAAAGAGCCUUGCAUCUUCUUGCUUCUUCUAUUGGUCACCCCCUACAGGUUGAUUCUUGUACUCUAAAUUUCUCAAGGCCUCAGCUUGCGCGAUGUUGUGUGGAGGUUGAUAUCACUAACCUUCCUCCUGGGAAAAUCCACGGCAAACAUGAUGAGGAGGAGCUGGUCAUUAAUUUUUAUUAUGAAAAUGUGCCUUCCUAUUGCAUGGUGGUUACUCGUAAGAAGGGUAAGGACAAAAAGCCAACAAGGGUCUGGAAAGUGAAGGAUCGCCAGGUUUCCAUGGAAGUGGUUCCGUGGUGUGAGGGCCUUGGUGAAAACUCUAGCCGGGGAGAACAACAACGUGACGGGCCUGAUAUUCCUGCAAAGCUCCAAUCUGGGACUUUUGUUAUAAACUCCAACUUAUUGGCUGCUUUUAAUAUGACUCAUUUACAUGGGAGUUUGUCUUCUUUGCCUUCAUCGUUGGUUGUUGAUGAUCCCCCACUAGAUGUUAGAGAUGAUAGCUUGGCUAUUGUUCCUUUUGUGGAUUCUCUUGCAAUCCCUGAAGAUGAUGCUGCUGAGGUGGGUUUCUUUGCAGAUGGUUCCUCCAUUGAUGAGGUAUAUCGUGCCUUGUCUUCUCCUGAAGAAAGGAUAGAGAGGAGCUUUGGGGUUCUCUCAGAUCUCUCUUUCCUAGGUCUGGCCCUUGGAUUGUUGGGGGUGACUUUAACACGGUUGCUUCUCUCAUGGAACAUAAGGGAGAGUAAGUUUACUUGGGCAGGUAAACGGAGAAAAGGGAGAGUUUAUAGAAGGCUUGACAGAAUCCUUCUAAAUGAGGAAUGCAUGGAAGUAUUUCCAGUCCUUGAGGUUAGACAUCUUGGGCGUGGCUAUAAAGGAGGUGGAAUGAGAGGUUUAGCCAUUAAGCUGGCUGAGCUUAAGAGGGCUCUCCUUCAAUGGAUUAAGGAUGUCUUUGGGAAUAUCUUUGAGGAGGUUUCAAAGGCAGAGGAGAGGGCGUUUAGAGCUGAGCAAAACCUGGAAAAUGAUGACACUGAGGAGAAUGUUGUUGAGUGUAACAUGGCUAAGGCUCUUCUGCAGCUUGCUCAUAAGAAAGAGGAGUCUUUUUGGUCUCAAAAGGCUAAUAUUAAGUGGAUUUCUCAAGGAGACGCUUCUACUGUAUUUUUCCACUCUUUUGUUAGGGGAAGAAGGCAUAGGCUUUAUAUUUCCUCUCUUAAGACUGCUGCUGGGGCUUUGAUUUCUUCUCAGGAGGAGAUUGCCAAUGAAGCAGUUGAUCAUUUCAGUAGGGUUUUCUCUCAUGUUCAUGAGGGGGAUAUGGGGGAGAUCCUUUGCCAUAUCCCUUCCAUAUUGUCUCUCCAGGAUAAUUAUAUGCUUGGAGCUCUGCCAGAAGAAGAAGAAAUCAGAAAAACUGUCUGGGCUUUAAAUGCUAAUAGCGCAGCUGGUGCAGAUGGGUACAAUGGAUUUUUCUUCAGACAUGCUUGGGAUGUGAUUAAAGUGGAUGUUUGUAAAGGUGUGCAGGAGUUUUUUCUGGGUAUUCCUUUACCUAGGGUUUUUGGCAGCACUUUGAUCACACUUAUUCCAAAAAUGGAGGGUGCUAUUACUCUAGAUCAGUUUAGGCCUAUUUCUUUAUCCACUUUUUUCAGUAAAAUCCUUUCUAGGAUUUUGAGUGAUAGGCUGAAGAACAUUCUCCCCUUGUUGAUCUCUCCAGAGCAGGUUGCUUUCCAACAAGGGAAGGGUAUAAACGAGCAUGUGCUUAUAGUUAAGGAGAUGAUGCAUUUGCUGUCUUUUAAUGCUAGAGGUGGGAACUGUAUGGUGAAGUUGGACUUAUCUAAAGCUUUUGACAAAAUCUCCUGGGCUUAUUUAGAGCAAGUACUUCUUAAAUUUGGUUUCUUCCAGAGAGUGAUCCAUCUUCUUAUGGGGAAUUUGAGGUCAACUUUUUUCUCUGUUUUGAUUAAUGGUCAACCCAAAGGUUUUUUCUUCAUGAAAUGUGGGGUUAAGCAGGGUGAUCCUUUGUCUCCUCUCUUGUUUAUUAUAGCCAUGGAGGGGUUUUCCAGGAAUCUACUGAGACUUAAAGCUGCUCUUUCCACUUUCUGUUUAGCUUCUGGACAGGAGAUAAAUUUCAGCAAAAGCCAUGUGAUUGUGCAUGAUAAGAUGAGGCAAGAGUACAAGGUUAAAAUCAGAAGCAUUCUUGGGAUCAGGUGUAUUAUCAAGGAAUUUACUUAUCUUGGCUCUACAAUUGUGAGAGCUCAGGAGGUUCCAAAGUCUAUUAUAAAAAGUCUGCAUAGAUUGAUGGCAAAUUUCUUUUGGGGAGCUAAGGAUAAGGACCUGGGUUUUAAGUAUCACUGGAGACAGUGGGAGAAGCUUUGUUUUCCAUUGCAGGAGGGUGGUUUGGGGGUGCGGAAUCUCCACCACUGUCAAAAGGUAGCAGCAAUGGAUCUUUGGUGGAAGGUUCAGCAGGGAGGAACCAUUUGGUGAUCCUAUAUGCAACAAAAAUACCCCAGAGAUGGUUCCUUUGUCCCCAAGCUUUAUGAUUCAGCCACAUGGAAGUCCAUCU